CGGGAAUGUACGAAGAUUAAAAUUAUAUCAUAAUCUUUGGCGGGGGCUGAAAGCCUAGUUUGUAUAAAAUUGGAGAUGACAGCCAGGUUUACCUAUCAUCCUGUAUUUGACUUCCGGCAUAAUUCAGAAGAAACUGAUUUUAAUAAAGAAGAGGAUUUAGAAGAAACUGAUUUUAAUAAAGAAGAGGAUUUAGAAGACUUAAAGAUGAUGGAAUAUGAUGACCACUCUUUUUCAUUCUUUAAUAUUCAUGCGGAACCAAGCCCUAAUGAUGCUUCCACCCAAACAGAACUAAAGAAGAUUACAUUAAAAACUUUACUUAAUGAUCCUGCUUUAAAUACUAGCCUUGGCAGCGAUAAUAAUACUGGUCAUCAGGCAAUGGAAAAGAGCUAUGUUCGAAGCACAAGACCUUAUACCAUGGGGCAUACGAAUUCAACUAUCUCCAGAAAGAAAACUAAUGUAUGUACAGGGAAAAAAGAACAUUCCCCAAGAACCUUGAUGAAAUUAAUGGAGAGACAUAGACAUAAUGAAAGGUUGAGACAUCAUACUUUAAAUGAAAGACUAAGAGCAAUAUGUAGACAUGUUCCAGGCUCUGGAGAAGAUGGUAGAGAAACUAAGGUUGUUAUGAUGCAAAGAAUCAUCAGUUACAUAGCAUAUUUAGAAAAUACUGUGGCUCAAGUGACCUCUGGACUAGGAUUGGAACCAGAUCCUAAAUUGGCACCUUUAACAACAAAACUAAGAAAACAGAUAGAAGAUUGUGCUAAUAUGGCAGUUGUUCCGGAUGUAGAUGGUUUCCAACAUGAACCAUCGAUUAGUAAAAAACCUCCAUCUUCUACCUGUCAUAAUGAGACAUGUUUACCAGAAAGUUUAAUAGAUCGAAGAUAUAAACUGUCAUCACCUACAAUAGACUCUACAACAGAUAGAAUAGUACCAGAUAUUCAAGACCUUUAUCCUAAUAGUCUGGAAUCAUCUCAAGACUCUAUGGCACCAUCCUCAACUUUCUUACCUUAUAUGGCUAAUGAUUCUUCUCUUGCACCAUGGCUUGUUGAUGAAUCUAUGAUUCCACCAAAUGGGGAUGAAUUUGGCUUUUUUGAUUCAAUUAUUCAAGACUCUUCACCUGACUUCUGUACUAUUCCUUCAGAAUCAUUUAUUAAUGAUGGUUCCACACCUAUUGAUAUAUCUAGUCAGAGUAAUACCUCAUUACAGGAGUCUUUAUCAUUGUUUCCUAGUCCCUGUAUAGCUUUCAGUAAUGAGGAUAGUCCAGAUUAUUUGGGAGAUAAUAUGAAUGACACCUUUGGAUUACAAUUCCACGGUUUAUUAGAAAAUGAUCAUGAUUUGAUGAAUACCAUAGCUGUUUCACCUAAUAAAAUUUUACCAUCCAAUCCAGACAUUAUAGAGAUAUUACCUAACGACACGGACACCUUUGCGAUAUCACCUACAAAAUAUUUAUCAGAACAUAAAGAGCAUGUAGCCAUAUCUCCAGUUAAAAUAUUAUCAAUCCAAGACGAUAUGAUACAUAUACCUAACACCAUGGAUGAAAUUGAAAUGGAUCUGGACAUGAACGAAUCAGUCUUUAUUAAUAACAGUGUUUGGUCUCCUCAAAAAAAUAAACGCAAACAGUAUACUCCUUCUAAACGCCAGCCAUUAGAGAACAUGACCAACAAUUCCUCACCAUUUUCUAGUGAUGAGAUCAGUGAACCAGCAGUACAUGCAACUAUUACUAUUUCUGAUUCCAUGCCUAAUAAGAUUUGUGUUUCAAAAGGUGAAGAAAAGACAGAGGAACAAGUUGUUAUUCGUACAGUACCCUAUACUUGGACAUUUCACUCAAUGAAUGAACCUAUCAGUAAACUGGUCCAUAGUACAAAGUCGGACAUAGAAAAAAAUAAAACUCCAAAGUAUAAACAGAAUCCUACCUAUAGAGAGAUGUAUUUAAAGCCACAGAAAGUUGAUCACAGAAAGACAUCAUGGAUGAAUGGAUUUAUGAUGUACAGUCGACUCAAUCGUAGACAGUUUAUAACUGCCAAUCCUGGUGUUCAUACCUCUCAUAUAAGUAAAAUGAUGGGUCAGACUUGGCGAAGUAUGUCUAGUGAAUGUCAACAACCCUACAAAGACAAAGCUAAACUGUAUUUGAAAGACAUGCAGAAAACACAGGAUUUUCAAUUUGAAGAAGACAUGUCUUUCUGUGAAGGUAAAGAAAAUGAUCUUAGCACCACUACUGAUGAGAGCUUUCAAGUUGUACCUAAAAGUGUUACACCUAUUGCCACACCCACUAGACCUUCAUCUACAUGUACCUCUACCUCAACACACCCUAUCUAUAAUUCUCAAAGAUGGACAUAUCUAUAAAAAAUUUUUUACAAUAAACUUAAGAAUUUAUCAUAUGUGCACAGAUGUCCAUAACAGAAUUUUUGAGAAAGACAACAGAAUUUUGAAACUAUCUAGUUAUGAUAGGCUAGCUGUUCCACUAGAGCAAAUAUUGCCUGUUCACAAUUAUCUGUACAUUGAUGUACAGUUGUACACAUAAUUGUUUUGGGCUCUCUAUGCAGUAAAGUAUUAUCUGUGAAGAAAUUGUUUGAUAUUAUAUGCUACCUAUACUAUACAUUCUACCUAUCCUAUAAAAGUUCAACAGCUACUGUUAAUAGGAUUCGUUUUGAAGCUAACAAAUGCUAGCUAAAAUAAUUGUUUUGUUUUAAGAUCUAUCUAUUAAUUGUAGCCAUCUUUAUUUUGGAACCAUUGUUAUUCUUUUGUUUGUAUGUAAAAACUAUGACUAGAUCUAUAUAAUGUUGUUAUUUAAUUUAUUUAAAUUAUGUUAAUGUAAAUAUGUUACAGAGUUGUUAAGAGGUUUAUGGCAUAGUGAUUCCAGAAAGGAAAUCAUGAUUGGCCCUUUGUUAAUUUUUUAGUUAUUUUGAUGCCACACAAAUUUUGUUGGAAAAAUUAUUUCUCUGUGUCGGACAAUUCUUAUUUUGUGAUGGUAAUUGUCAAUGUGACCUUGCUUAAUUUACUUCUAAAUUAUUAUAAUCCCUUUCAAAUUAUACUAUUUUCUUUUGAAUCAAUUUUCUAAUAAAUCUAGCCAAACUGACACCUGUUGAAUAUCUUAUGUGAAAAUCAUAUAUAAUUUACUUUAAUUAUUUACAGUUUAAUAUAUUCCCAUUUAGAUGGUACUAUUUUCUUUCAAAUCAGUUUUCUAAUAAACCUGGUCAAACAACUAGUGAAAAUCAAGUACUUUCAAAAAGUGAAUAAUAAUUCAAAGUGUUGGUUUAGUUAGGUUUUAAUUUGAUUUACAAACUCUUGUAUUUUCUUUCUUUUUGAAGUAUGUGUUUUAUCUAUCAUCUGUUGUUAAAUGCUGUCACAGAGAAAUAUCCAAAUAUAACAUCUUUCUGAGAAUAAAGAUGACUUACCAUCAGUGGACAAAUUUUUUUUGAUCAAAUAUUCAUUAUGAUAAUUAUUUCGAUAUUAUGUAUUGCUGUUUGUCAGUCAACAUGGAAACGUUUUAUGUGUGAUCAUUAUUGUGUUUCGAAUACACCCACCCUAAUUUGUAAGACCCUGUAUGAAUGAGUAUGUAUAUGUGACAUAGUUGUCGCCCUUUAAAUUUUGUGUACUAG